UCCUCACUGGAGGGAUUCCUGGAGAAGCUGCAGUGUGGGGAUGCUCUAGACCAAGUACUGCCCUCCGUGUCUUUCUACCUCCUCUUCCUGCGGCGGCGGCAGCCCAGCACUUAGCGGCGGCAACUUGAGGCUGCACCCGGGGCGAGCCCCCAGGGUGGUGCUCCACUGAGAGGGGAGCUCAGCGCCCCGAAGGGGUGUGUGUAGGGUGGGGUGGCCAGCUGGGACCAGCUGGUGGCCCUGAAAAACCUCCCACACACCCACACCCACACACCCCUUUUGUGUUGCAGGCUGCCCCUCCAAGAGCAGAGGCAGCGAGAGGACGCGUGUGUCUUGCACAGGUCCACGCGGGGAGAGCGGUGGGGACGGAGACCGGCACCACCUUCUGGUCCUCCCUCCAGAAAAGAUGGCACCUACUCCAUAGUAUGAUUAUAUGAGCUCAAUGAACUACAUAUGUAAAAUCCUUGGAACAGAUUCUGGCACAUGGAAAACAGAAAAACGAGACCCAGCAAGAGCUGGAGUGACAAACGCCGGGAUUGAGAUUGGAAGGCUGUCCAUUUACCUCUUGCUUCACUCCUCGGCAUUGUGUUACAACUGCCUGAUUAAGAAAAAAAAAAUCUGAAAGAAAGAAGAAAAUACCCCAGAAUUCCUCACAGAACAAUUCAUCUGAACCUAAAAUGGUGAGCGAGAGUCACCAUGAGGCCCUGGCAGCCCCGCCAGUCACCACUGUUGCGACUGUCCUACCACAUAAUGCCACAGAGCCAGCCAGUCCUGGGGAAGGAAAGGAAGAUGCCUUUUCGAAGCUGAAGGAGAAGUUUAUGAAUGAGUUGCAUAAAAUUCCACUGCCACCGUGGGCCUUAAUUGCCAUAGCCAUAGUCGCCGUCCUUUUAGUCCUGACCUGCUGCUUUUGUAUCUGUAAGAAAUGUUUGUUCAAAAAGAAAAACAAGAAGAAGGGAAAAGAAAAGGGAGGCAAGAAUGCCAUUAACAUGAAAGAUGUGAAAGACUUAGGGAAGACCAUGAAAGAUCAGGCUCUGAAGGAUGAUGAUGCUGAAACCGGACUGACUGAUGGGGAAGAAAAAGAAGAACCCAAAGAAGAGGAGAAAUUGGGGAAACUUCAAUAUUCGCUGGAUUACGAUUUCCAGAAUAACCAGCUGCUGGUAGGGAUUAUCCAGGCUGCUGAGCUGCCUGCCUUAGACAUGGGAGGCACGUCUGACCCCUAUGUUAAAGUGUUUCUGCUGCCCGAUAAAAAGAAGAAAUUUGAGACAAAAGUCCACCGAAAGACCCUUAAUCCUGUCUUCAACGAGCAAUUUACUUUCAAGGUGCCAUACUCAGAACUGGGUGGCAAAACCUUGGUGAUGGCUGUAUAUGAUUUCGAUCGUUUCUCCAAGCAUGACAUCAUUGGGGAAUUUAAAGUCCCCAUGAACACAGUGGAUUUCGGUCACAUAACUGAGGAGUGGCGUGACCUGCAAAGUGCGGAGAAGGAAGAGCAAGAGAAACUGGGUGAUAUCUGCUUCUCCCUUCGCUAUGUACCUACUGCUGGCAAGCUGACUGUGGUCAUUCUGGAGGCAAAGAACCUGAAGAAGAUGGAUGUGGGUGGCUUAUCUGAUCCUUAUGUGAAGAUUCACCUGAUGCAGAAUGGCAAAAGGCUGAAGAAGAAAAAGACAACAAUUAAAAAGAACACACUUAACCCCUACUACAAUGAGUCAUUCAGCUUUGAGGUACCCUUUGAACAAAUCCAGAAAGUGCAAGUGGUGGUAACUGUUUUGGACUAUGACAAGAUUGGCAAGAACGAUGCCAUCGGCAAAGUCUUUGUGGGCUACAAUAGCACCGGGGCGGAGCUGCGACACUGGUCAGACAUGCUGGCCAACCCCAGGCGCCCCAUCGCCCAGUGGCACACCCUGCAGGUCGAGGAGGAAGUUGACGCCAUGCUGGCGGUCAAGAAGUAAAGGAAAGAAGCCUUUCUGCAUCUGCCCACAUAGUGCUCUUUAGCCAGUAUCUGUAAAUACCUCAGUAAUAUGGGUCCUUUCAUUUUUCCAGCCAUGCAUUCCUGACAAUUCAGUGGUACUUCAAAUCCUGUUUUAAUUUGCACAAAUUUAAACGUAGAGAGCCCCUAAGCCCUUCGUCAUGCCACUGCCCUCCAGAUCCACUCUUCUUUUAAGCAAUAUGAUGUGUAGAUAGAGCAUGACUGAAAUUAUUUAUUGUAUCACACCGUUGUAUAUACCAGUAUGCUAAAGAUUUAUUUCUAGUUUGUGUAUUUGUAUGUUGUAAGCGUUUCCUAAUCUGUGUAUAUCUAGAUGUUUUUAAUAAGAUGUUCUAUUUUAAAUUAUGUAAAUCGACUGAGAUAUAGGAGAGCUGAUAAUAUAUUAUAUGGUAAAUAUAGUAUUGUCUGCAUUCCAGCAAAAAUAUCAACUUGUAAGGCACUCGUACAGUGAAACUGACAUCUUAAAGGACAACUUAAACCUGAGCUUUCUAUUGAAUCAUUUGAGUACCAAGAUACACUUACACCACAUAUUUGCUGGGUGAAUCCAAUUUUGUAGAAUUUCUUCACAGGCAAAUUAGUAUGAUCUGAGCAGCGUCCAGACUGACCUCCAGGAAGCAUAGCCACAAACCAGAAUAGCAUCUGUCUGUACAUAGCUACAAAGCCGAAACAAGGGCUUCACUCUCACAUUCGAGGAAGCAACUGAACAGGAGCCAAUGACUUCAUAUUACUGCAUACAGAGUAACAAUAUGACGGCAUUCCGUGAGUGUGUGUGUGUGCGCGUGUGCAUGCGUGUGUGCGUGUGCAUUUGUCUGGGGAUGGGGUGGGUGGGAAGGAGCUGAGGGGAGAAGUCAGCAUUUCUGAAUUAUUGCCUGACGAUUUAAAAAGAAAAAAAAGUAGCUCUCCGUUAUCACCUUUAUACAAAAUGUGCAUCCUGUGGUGAAUUCUGUUCCAGAUUUCAUACCUAUAAUAAUUCCAAAAGGUUUGCACAUUAGACUUUGUAACAAAAUAUUUUAUUACACAAAACCAUAUUAGAAGGAAUGCAGAAUAUUUUUAACACAGCAAUCUGUGCUUAUUACACAAAAUUACUUUGUGGUAAACAGACAGUAUUGUGAUCCCAUCAAAAGAUGAAAAAAAAAAAAAAAAAAAAACAAUUAGCCAUAGUUCUGAAUGCACUUCAAUUAAGCCAAAACAGACAGCUAGUGAUCUUUUUAUAUGCUCUUUUUACUUAAAUAAGUUUUAAUUUGUCCUUUAAAAACAAAAAAGGUGAAACAAUACCAAGAACAAGUUCCAGCAAACUGAAGCAACCUCUUAUGUAUACUAGACGCUUGACUUAGGAGGAGUUUUUAACUGUUUCCAAUGUCAUUAUGUAGUAAAUGGCACUAUUACGAAGCUACUAGUCAUUCCAUAAGAGUCUUCAAGGACUGCUCUGUGUAGCACUGUGACUGCCGUGUGUGCUUAGACACGUAGUUUCCUCAGUGGACAGCACUCAGUUUAUUCCGUAGUGAUGUUGUAACAAUACUGCCAUUCCCUCCUACUGCACUGCCCAAGGUGUGUGUAGCACAAACAGUUCUCAUUACAAAGGACCAAUUCAGAACUGAAAAGCUAUGCAUAGGACAAGAAAGACACACAGAAUGGGGUGGAACACACAGCAUUUUGUCAAGCACUGUGCAAUAUUCCAUACUUUCCCCCACUAUGGUGGACAACCAGUUCGUGGAGAGGCAGCCCGUUAGCUCACGCUGCAGCCGCUCCCUCCUGUGACCCACUGUAACUCCCAGGCCACGACAGCAGUGGUGCCUGGAAGUGGAAGCUUGUCUUCGCAAAUACCAAAACAAGAUGGAGGAAAACCAAGCAUGAGCCUCAUGUUCAGACGUUAGGAUACCAUGCCACGUUUUUUAAAACCUACAGAGAAUUCAAAAAGGGCUCAUGGGAGGCUUCACACGUGGGGCUGGUUGUGUCCUGAUAAAAGUAGAAUUCCCGUCGUUCUUCUUUUCCCAUCAAAGAAGAGGCAAGCCCUUGGCCGUUCUGCCCAGUCACAGCAAACUCGUUAGAACUGGGACAGACACAAAGGACAAAGGAGAAUAGCAUCUCCCUCUUCUGUGGAUGGGCCAUACUUUUUUUCAAACGUAGGUAAUAGAUGAUGCACAUGUCAUGAUGUGAGAUUAAAUAUCAGUUUGAACGGAAGAGUCAAAUGGGAAUCUGUCCAGUUUAAAAGACCAAACCCCACCAAAGAGAGGGAGUUGAUGGACUUUAAAAAAUCCCUUCCAUACCAGAAACUGACAUUUAAUUUCACUCUAUUCAGCUUUAAGUUGUUCACACUGAAACAACACUUUAAAGCAAGCAGGUUCAGCUGCCGGAUAUACAUUAUUUCUUGCAUUAAAGUACUACUAAUGCAUUCUCUUGCAACACUGCCAGACAUGGGACUGUCACCAUAGAAUUAGUGGGUACUAUGCCAUCUUUCACAAGUCAGUGACCGAACCUGCUUUGAGACCAAGAUUCAUCCUCAGAUAUGCCACAUGUACCUUUCUGACAAAGCUGUGUAAAGUAUUAGAAGCUGAUGCUCUAGAAAGAUCCUAGUUGCCUUUGUGUAUAUUUACUGCCUGCUUGAGUGUUUCUAUGUGUGGGUUUUCUCUGUAUCUUGUAGAAAUGUUGGGGUGUUUUCUUCUGCCAUAUGGCUCGUGGCCCGCGAGCCAACUACUUUAGCUGUAUUUACCUUCAUUUUUGAUGAGGUGGUUUAAAUUUUGUUUCACUUUGUGUAGUGACCCCACAGUAGUUUUCUGAUUGUUGUUAAAAAUGACUUAACAUAUUACAUGGAUACUCAAUAAAAAUGUUUUAUUUCCUGUUGA